CUCUAAACCUACAAUUUUUUUUCCGGAAUCUAACGUUGAAUUACUACUGAACAACAAAACACAAUUGUAAUUAAAAGAAGGUUAUAGAAAAAGCGGUCUCUUCUUAUUGAACCUCCACGUGAAAAGCACAGAUCAGCACUCGGCGCAUGACCGGUACAACAGGCAAUGCAGGAACAUCGCCGUUUAUAUUUUUAGCAGGAUUGACCGGUUCCCGCAUAUAACGAACGCAACCGUUCUGCUAUCAAAACAUAAAACAAUUCAAUUACGAGCUGGUAGUGGUCAGGAACGCAUAACAAAUAAUACAGCGUAAAAGAAGAUUAGUGCUUAAUAAUAAUAGUCUACAAAAUGGAGCUUCAAAAAGUUCUAGCAGUAUUUGCGGGCUUAGUUUUAGUAUCCUGCACAGCUUUACCAGCUGUUAAAGAUCAAGUGGAAUAUGUUAGACCGGUUAAGACUACUGGAGACCAACCAAUCAUUGACACUAAAUAUGAUGGCUGGGGCGUUCCAUUUUCGGGCAGUUCCUUUGGUGGUUUCCUAGAGAAUUUUGACGACAUUCUGGAUCGAAUGAACAAGCAAAUAAAAUCGCUCCUGGAACGAUUUCCCUUCAGCAAAGGCAGCAAUUCGUCUGAGUUUCCCUCAUUUCCCGCUCUUCCCGGAUCAUUUCCUGGUGCUGGCGAUCUUGACUUAUCCAAAGGAAAUACAACUUCCGUCACCAAGGUAAUCAACGGUCACAAAGUGGUCAUCAACGAGACAGAGUACAAGAACCAAGACGAGAACGGAGGCACCUUCUUCAAGGUACGCAUCGUAGACGUGGCACCAGACAGCAGCGAAAUCACCACCGACAGCAACGCCGAAGAAGUACCCACCACCAUCAAACCAAGAGAACAAGUCGACAACAGCUUCGAAAACGAAAUCUCCAAAUCUAAAGAGGCCGAGCCAAUCCAAACCACCAAGAGACAAGUAUCGGAAGAGAAUUUUGACAACAUCGAGACAUUCGACGAAAUCGACUCAAGCAUGAGAAUUUCGCCCGUUCAAGAUGAUUUUUUUGCCGACGAAAACCAGAAAACUCAACCUGGAUAUGUAGAUGCUGAUAACGAAUGGAACGUCGUAGAACCUAUUGAGACUAUUGAAUCCAACGAUAUCAAUCAGCCCGAGAAAGAGUCUGUUCAACGUCCUAUUGAUCUUAGCAGGGACACUUACGUCAACGAGAUUAUGGCAGAAAAUGGUGCCCCGACCGAUCCAGAAGCUGAGGUCUUUUUCGUGCCUCAGCUUGAACAAGACGGCCGUAUGAUUGGGGUGCUGAUGGAUCCUAGAUAGACAGAUAUAUAUGCCAUUGAGCGGUCUUUCUGCUGCGAAUGAGACUGAUUUUUUUUUCGAAAAUGUUUUUUAACGCGUAAAAGAUUAUUUUUGUGCCAAAGAUGAGUGGGUUUUGGGGAUAAAAAUGGUUAUGGAAUGGACAGAAUUGGAGAUGUUUUUGCCAUAUUUAUUUAUUU